AUGCGUCCAACGCAGAGCGAGCCGUAUGGCCCACAGAGAACUGAACGCGAAGGCCGUUUUGCAAGGGGUGCCGAUGCCGCACUGGCACAUAACAACUCGUCCAUGCGAGCAAUGCGCUCCGAAGAUUCGUGGGUCGAGGUCUCUUCGCGGCCCUCUUCGUCAUCCCUCUCGUCUACAAGCAACGACAUCAUUACUACCGGCCUCCAAGUUCGCCCUCAUCAAGAGCGAUUUUCCCGUUCUGUCCACGCAUCGGGCGGCCCUUCUGUCGUGCAGCCUCGUUCGACUAGCGCAACAGGGAGCAGUCAAGACGAAUAUGACGAAAGCGAAAGCGAGAGUGACCGGGUUUUGAGCAGUUCGAAUGAAGACAUCUCCCAAGGCGAUACUGCCGAUGACGAUGAAACUUCCACGGCUCUUGGUGUUGGCAGCCUUAACAGGGUCUUCACGCCUCAGCCGAACGCAUUCUCUCAUCCACCUUCCUCGCAAGAACGGGCUAUACCAGAUUCAUAUUUCCCGCCUGCGCCGGCGACGACACCACUGUCGGCAGCUGAGGAUCGGACAAUAACCCAACGGAGUUACGAAAGGCAGACCCAUCCUCGACAUCGAGCAGGCAGAUCAUCUUAUCAAGCCGACCAUGAUGCAGCUUUACGCGCCUCAUUGACCACGCUGCUAUCUUGCGCCGCUGCUGUUCGGCCAAAAGCUUCUGGGCAUCGACCAGCCCCCGCUCGUGCCUCCACUCAACCAACAGCCUUGCGGUUAGUCCCUGAGUCAGAACUCGACACGACCGUUCGAUCUCGACAAUCUCCCUCUCCCAAGCACGUCAAGCGGAAAUCCAGAGAAUCUAGCAAAGAACGACAUGCUAAGAAAGCCCGGGCUGCCAAAGCGGCGGUGGCCGGCGAUGAGCUCAUCAGCCCUACCCUUGCCUCAUGGAUGAUAUCAGCGGGAGUAGUGCUCGUAUUCUCGGCCAUCAGCUUCAGUGCAGGCUAUGCUUGGGGGCGCGAGGUAGGUAGAUUGGAAGGCGAUAUGGGAAUCACGGGAGGUAGCUGUGGGCGUGAGGCGUUGCGCGGCAGUCCAAGCGGAAGUGGUCUUCGCCGGUUAAGAUGGACUUCGACUCCGAGCAACAUCAGCACAUGUUGA